AUGACAGCAAACAUUUUGACGGCUCUGGCUUUGCCCCCGCCGGAUUCUGGAGACUCUACUCCCCCCUGCUCCCCCUCUCUGCUCCCCCACCCACAGACAGCACCUCCUCUUUGCUCGCUGCCUCCAGAUCUGGAAGUGACGGCUGCAGAGGACGCAGAGGAAGCAGAGGGAGCAGAGCCCGGAGGCAGAUCUGGGGCAGAGUGUCCGUGGUGUGGCAGCAGCAGGUGGAUGAGGAUGCACUGUGACCUGGAGGAGCCCGACAUGGAGUCCACAGAGAGCUGGAUCGAGCGCUGCCUCAACGAGAGCGAGAGCAAACGCUACAGCGUCAUGUCUCUGGGAAACAUGUCCAACGACGAGCAUGAGGAGAAGGAGAAUAACAGAGCGUCCAAACCUCACUCGACGCCUGCGACUCUGGAAUGGCUGGAGGAUAACUAUGAGAUCGCGGAGGGCGUGUGUAUCCCCCGCAGUGCUCUGUACAUGCACUAUCUGGACUUCAGCGAGAAACACGACAUGCAGCCGGUCAACGCCGCCAGCUUCGGAAAGAGUUGA